AUGGACAGGUUACCUGGACAUCUCAUAGACAAGAUUCUCUUGGGAACAGAUCCCAAAUCUCUGUGGAAGAUGCGAUGCACGAAUAGAUCUCUACAAUCCCAUAUAUGCGACCCGUGGUUUGAAUCCGAAUACUUUUCUAGGCGAUCAGGUUUGCUUCAUGUCUCUUCAUAUGGCUCAAACAUGUUGUGCUACCACACCUUGGGAGAUUCUAGGUCAGUGAGAAAAACAAAAACCUUAAUGGAGUGUCAGAUUUUGGACUCUUGUUCUGGCCUUCUUCUUCUUUACUUCAUCAACGGGACAACACAAAGAAGUCUAUGCAUCGUAAAUCCCCUUACGAAGAAGUUUCGAUUCUUGAAUCUCUCUACGUUUAUGCGUCUGGCUAGGGUUUGUAAACGUAAAAGAGUUGUAUCCCCGAGUCCCCUCGGAUUCGCGGUUAAUCAAACCACCCGGAGUUUCAAAAUCAUUCACAUAAACCGAAAAACCGAGGUGGAAAAUCCCGGUAAAUCGAGUUAUAGGUUCGAGAUUAACUCCGGAAAUUCAUGGAGAUAUUCGAAAACGACGAUUACUUCCUGCCCAAGCAAUUUCAGUACCCUUAUGAAAAAACCUGUUUACUUGGACGGAUCUCUUCAUUGGCUGAGAAACGACGGAAGCAUCGUAGCUUUCAACCCCGAAACAGAGCAAGCACGACUGAUUCCUGUUGAGUUUCCCCAGGAAUUGCAUUCGAGAACGUUAUUCGCGGCUGGCGAAAGUAACCUAACUUUGAUAUCGGCCACGGAGGAAGUCAUUUACGUUUAUGCCCUCGAGGAUAUUCUCAGUGAUCUCAAAUGGGUUCUCGUGAAGCAGAUCAAGAACGGAGUGCUGGACGGAAAGAGGCCUGGUUAUUGGAACGUAGAGGCUUACGACGGGAAGUGUUUAGUGUUGAGUGAGGGGAGGAGGAAGAUACAAUACGGUGCCGACCGAAUGGUUCAUGUGUACGACUUGAGUGCUAACAAAUGGCUGGUCAAGAGUUCGAUUCCAGGGUGGUGCGAUGCAAAUCAAGAUAUUUUUCAGUUUACACCGUCGUCUUAUUCUGUGGUAGGACUAAGUGCUGAGAUAUUGGCUUGUGAUGAUAAUCUCAUCUCCUCUCUACGCUCGAUUAUGGGACUGAUUGAUGGAAUCUCAUCAGAAAAAGUGGAAAAGCAUUUUAGAAAAAGAUCGCUUGAAGAAGAAGAAGAAAACAAACUAGUAUUGUUGAAGAAGAUGAAGCCUUCGUAG